UUCAGGAAGAUGUCUGACGGAUUUUCGCUGACCGAUGCCCUGUCUGGGUCCAACAACCCGAACCCGAAUGCACCAUCUGCCCCUUGGGGAAAUCAGCCUGGGGGUCAGCCUGGGGGUCAGCCUGGGGGUCAGCCUGGGGCUCCCCCAGGCUACCCUGGGACAUUCCCCAGCGCAUACCCCGGUGCGCCUGGCGCAUACCCUGGUGCGCCUGGAGCAUACCCCGGUGCACCUGGCGCAUACCCUGGAGCGCCCGGCGCAUACCCUGGAGCACCUGGAGCAUAUCCCGGAGCACCCGGUGCAUAUUCCGGAGCACCCGGCUCAUACCCUGGAGCACCCGGCGCAUAUCCCGGAGCACCCGGCGCAUACCCCGGAGCACCUGGCGCACAGUCUGGAUGGCCAAAAGUCCCCUACGACUUGCCUCUGCAGGCAGGGCUAGUGCCUCGCUUAUUAAUAACUAUUGCGGGGACGGUGAAUUCAAGGCCAAACAGAUUUCAGGUGGACUUGAAGAAAGGGAACGACAUCGCCUUACACUUUAACCCCCGCUUCAACGAGGACAACAGGAAAGUCAUUGUGUGCAACACCAUGCUCCAGAACAACUGGGGGAAGGAAGAGCGCACGGCGCCCCGGUUCCCUUUCGAGGCUGGGAAACCUUUCAAGAUCCAGAUCUUGUGCGAAGCCGACCAACUGAAGAUCGCUGUCAACGACGCUCACUUGUUGCAGUACAAGCACCGCAUAAGAGAGCUGAACCAGAUCACCAAGCUGUGCAUUGCGGGCGACAUCAGCCUGACCAGCGUCACCCCGACCAUGAUUUAA